UGUGGAGAUUUCUCUUCACUUUAUGUAUCAUAGCCAAUUAGCCAUGAUAGGAAGUGAGAGAAUAUCCCUCUAAAGUGAGGGAAUCCUGGAACUAGUGCCCCUCAACAGAAGACUUCCCCUCUGUUCCUGCUCUGUUGACAACCCAAAAGUUGGGAUAUACUUUUAUUUUUGGCAAUAAGGGGUGGACUGACAACUCAUGGGGCUCCCGGGCAAUAGGGGAUCAUGGGGCCCCUGUGUCCUUGCCCAAACUCAAAAAAGUCUAUGAAAAAGGUACCGGGGCAUCUCAUGGGGCCCCCUACUGACCCUGGGCCCUCGGGCAGUGCCUGGGUUUCCAAAUGGCCAGUCCGCCCCUGGUGCAAAAUCCUGUGCAGCUCUGCACAGAAACCAAUC